AUGGCGCCAACAAAGACCGCAGCCAAGGGUCGCGCGCGUGCAUCCAGGACCAGCGACGCCGGCGCUGCAGCCGCUGUCGAGUCUCCUCCCCCGGCAGCCGCCGCCGACACCCCCAGGCGUCGCGGUCGCCCAGCCAAGUCCGAGUCUGGUGUCUCCAAGGCAAAGGUCAAGAAGGCCUACGUCCCCACCGGACGGCCCCGUGGUCGCCCUGCCAACCCCAAUACUGUGCCCAAGGCUCCCUACGUCCCUACCGGACGGCCCCGCGGCCGACCUCCCGGAACGGGCAAGAAGGCCAAGGCCGCUGCGAAGAAGGCCGGCGGCGCCGCUGCUGCUGCUGCCAAGAAGGGGACCACCGUUGCCCGCGGCGGACCUAAGGGUCGCAAGUCGGACGCGGCCAAGGCCAAGGAGGACGAGGAGCUCGGCGAGGAUGUCGACAUGGAGGGUGACUCCGCCGAGGAGCAGGCUGGCGACGACGAGCAACUUUCCGACGAGGACGGCGGUGAGUGA